UACCCUGCCCUAGUCACUGGCACUGCUGGGGUUAAUGUGUCAGCCGGGGCGGACUGUUAGCGUCUUGCUAUCAUGGCAACUGCAUGUCCCAUAGUGCUGUGUACCUCACAUGCUGCCUACUCUAACGCUUGCCGCACAUCAUGUGACUGACGUCACUCACUUCUGCGCUAUUCAGCGCUGUGCUACUUAGCUGCACAGUGCCACUGACUGUAAACAAAGUUUGUCAGGCAGUCAGUAAGGCACAUGGACAGAAUGGACCCAAAUCUGUCCGUUUAAAAAAAAAAGUAUUUUACCAGACAGCAAAGAGAAAUACCAGACUGUCCGGUCAAAUACCGGACACCUGGCAAACUGGGACAGAAUGAACAAUCUGAUGGGACACUGGGACAGCGCCUCCAAAGAGGGACAAUCCCAGUCAAACUGGGACUUCUGAUAUCCUUUGUUGAAGAAAUAGCAAUCCACAUGGGUCAAUUUAUAUGAUGCAUGUUCCUAAUAAAUGACUCCUGGAUAGACACUGCCUACACAUGACCCCUGUGUACGUUUCGCACAUGCCCAUCAGCGUGUUGAUGUCUAUGGAAAGUCUUCAAAUUUUAUCAAAUAACUCCACGUGGGAACUCUAUCAAAAUGAGUUUGGGGUGAUCACUAUCCCUGCACUUCUCUCAGCCUCCACCAUACUGGUGGUGUUUAUCAUACUAUGGAAGACUCUAAGAAAGGGCAGCAAAAAACGCACAGAUCCUUCCAGAACGGUGACAGCAGAUGAUACGGUUCCAGACUGGGCUGUGAAUGAAGGAGCCAUCUAUGAAAAUACACCUGGACUUAGGGAUUCUGUUCUGGAGAAGUGGGAGCUACCCAGUGAAUGGUGUAUACAGGACAGGGUAAUUCUGUGCAUGGGACAUUAUGGUCCAAUAAGCCGUGCACACCUGAAAGGGGAAGGAAUAGCCAAUGAGAAGCAGGAGGUUGUUCUGAAGGAGCUCUCCGAGUCUGCCAGCCCUGGUGAAACUCAGGACUUCAUUGAUCUGAUGAGGUUUCAUGUCCAGGUGUGUAACCAUGACAACCUGGUGAAGAUGCUGUGGUGUCGCACUGAAACAAGCCCAUUGUGUCUCGUCCUCAAGGCCGUGAGACCUGGGAACCUACUUAGGUUUUUAUGGCGAUCACGCGAGGGUGGUCUCACGGCAAAAGACCCUAUUUAUAAAAUCACAGAGAAACAAGUGUACUCAAUGGCUACCCAGGUAGCAAGUGGUCUGGAAUAUCUCUCUGGAUUGCACAACUUGGUUCAUGGCUUUGUUGCCGCCUGCAAUGUGCUGAUCCACCAUGACUUGAGUGUCCAGCUGUGUGGCCUGGGAUUAGCAGCUUCAAUGCACAGGACGGGCAGAAUGCCUGCCAGAAGAGCCGCCCAGGUGCCCAUAAAAUGGCAGUCACCCGAGAGACUGGCAGAGGGAAGUGUGUCAGAGAAGAGUGACGUGUGGUCCUUUGGGAUUUUGCUGUACGAGAUAGUCACAUUAGGCGCUCCUCCUUAUCCAAAUACUGAGCCCCAAGACCUGCUCCCCAAACAUCAGAAGACAUUUCACAUGGAGCAGCCGGAUCAGUGCACUGACAGCCUGUAUGAAGUAAUGAGGAUCUGCUGGCGGUGGGACCCUUCGGAGAGACCCAGCUUCACUGACUUAAUGAAAAAGUUGCAAAACAACAUGAGCCGUGCGGAUGAUAUGAAACUCCUGACAGCCACAGACUCUGCAAACCAAAGUGAUUAUGAGCAAAUAACUGGGAUUAUUUUGUGACAAACAUCAGAUCAGACCUUGUUUUAAUGGCGCACUGGGACUGUAGGAACUGAGGCACAAGAAGUUGGAGCAAGAAGACAAAAAAGCAAGAACAGUGCAACAUUUAGCAGCUACAGAGAUGUUACAGGGUUUAGUGAAAGACAAGUUGUUUCUCCAACGCUGGAUCUGCACAGCCCAGUGGCUGAUGGGGGAAAAAGUCCUUAUCUGAUCUACUCCUGGUGCCCUCUUGUCCUCCUACAAAAAGAGCACUGGUAUCUCCCUGAAAUAACCAAACUUACAAUGCUGCAAUUUGUACAAAAAAUGUAUAGACUAUGGAGAUCUAUCAUUUAAAUCAGGGGUGGUCACAUGUGGCCCUCUGCACUGGCUUUUGUGGCCCAAGUAGAACUGUGAAUAUUUGGCAUUUUUGUCAACCCAGGAAAACGUGAAACUAAAUAGAUGCGCUUCAGAUACCUCUGGAUAAACCUCUGAAGGGAGAACAGCAAAUAGAGGGUGCCCCGCACUGCAUUGCUUAAAUCUCUCCCAGUGGCACUUGACAUUUUUAGGAAAUAUAUUAUUUUUUUGUUUAAUAUCUAUAAAUUAAUAUGCAGCCCUUAAGAAUUCUAAAAUAUUGACAUGUGGCCCUGUGUGUUAGGAAAUUGGCCCUCACUGAUUUAAAUAAUACAAACUUAAAUGGACAUUAAAGUCAUUUUUUUUAUAUGCAUCAGAAAUGAAUUCCUGUAUUGCAAAAGAGCUGCAUACCAACAAAAUGAUGCAAAAGCUUUUCAAGUUGUAAAUUUGUUAGCAAAAUAUGCACUGCUUUGCAUUCCAAGGACACACCUAUUGAAAAGGCUUGUGAUUGCUAUUAUAUCUGCUUUACUGUAGCCAAUUAGAGGCAGAUAUAAAUAAGCUCUCCUGCACUAAUCAGCCAAUCACUGUGCAGCAUGAAGGAUGGUCAGGAUUUUAAAUUCUAUGGAAUGCACAAGAGCUUUUCUGUUGUCACUGGACAAAAUACUACUAUGUAAAGUACAAAUAUGUAGAAUAUCAAUUUAUUAUAUAAAAAAAUACUGACAAUAUAAUCAGCAUUGCAGUGUAUAUAAAUACAUUACAAAAAUGUGCUCAUCAACUAAACAAACUGAAUGAAUAAAUACAUUAUUUAUCCUCUUCA